UCAUCGCCGCCAUUUUAGACACACGGAAUCUAUCGUCUUGAAAGCGGAAUAUCUUUAAAUCUAUUAUAAAGUAGAAUGUAAACGCGCUGGAAGACCUUGAGGACACGUGUAGGGUUUAUCUGAGCCGUGUCUGCUAGAGUUUCUGCUGGAGAUCACACUCUUCAGGUCCAUCAUGGGUAACAAACACUCUUCUGGAGAUCAGGAUUCAGUUACAGGAUUGGGCAGCUCAGUUCAUCAGACGAGAGCAGAGCCCAGCUGUGUGUCUUUGAAGAGUGAUGCGUCUAUGAAACCACCAUUAAAAUUUAGUAGUGAACACACACGACCUGUCCUCAGCUCAGUUCAUCAGACGAGAGCAGAAGCAGAGCCCAGCUGUGUGUCUCUGAAGAGUGACGCGUCUAUGGAUCCACCAUUAAAAUUUAGUAGUGAACACACACGACCUGUCCUCAGUGUGGAUAGAGAAGAUCAGACUGGAGACCUGCAGCAGGAUUCACUCCAACCAGAACAUGAUGAACUCCAGAGAGUCAAAGAGCAGCACAAAACCAGCAUGAAGAACAAGUAUGAGAGAUUAUUUGAGGGAAUCAACCAUCGAGAGACUCAAACCCUCCUGAACAGGAUCUACACACAGCUCUACAUCAUAGAAGGAGAGAGUGAUGGAGUGAAUGAAGAACAUGAGGUUUUACAGAUAGAGAAAACAGCCAGAACAAAACCCUCACAACACACUCCAGUCUACUGCAAUGACAUCUUUAAAGCCUCAGCUGGAGCAGGACAUGAGGAGAAGAUCAAGAAGAAGAAAGCCCAGAUCAAGACUGUUCUCACUAAAGGCAUCGCUGGAAUCGGGAAAACCGUCUCUGUGCAGAAGUUCAUUCUGGACUGGGCCGAGGGAAAAGACAAUCAGGAUGUAGAUUUCAUGUUUGUGCUUCCAUUUCGAGAGCUGAACUUGAUCAGAGAUCAUCAGUACAGUCUUCACAGACUUCUGCUGGACUUUCAUCCUGAACUUGAAGAUCUGGAGCCCAAGAUUUAUGAGCAGUGUAGAGUUGUGUUCAUCUUUGAUGGUCUGGAUGAAAGCAGAAUCACACUCAACUUUUCAGAUGAGGAGAAAGUUUGUGCUGUGACUGAAUCUUCAUCAGAUGAGGAGAAAGUUUGUGCUGUGACUGAAUCUUCAUCAGAUGAGGAGAAAGUUUGUGCUGUGACUGAAUCUUCAUCAGAUGAGGAGAAAGUUUGUGCUGUGACUGAAUCUUCAUCAGAUGAGGAGAAAGUUUGUGCUGUGACUGAAUCUUCAUCAGAUGAGGAGAAAGUUUGUGCUGUGACUGAAUCUUCAUCAGUGGCUGUGUUGAUGUGGAGCCUCCUGAAAGGAGAUCUGCUUCCCUCUGCUCUCAUCUGGAUCACCUCCAGACCAGCAGCAGCCCAUCAGAUCCCCUCCAGAUACAUCAACCGUCUGACAGAAAUUCAGGGAUUCACUGAGCCUCAGAAGGAGGAAUAUUUCAGGAAGAGAAUCAGCGACGAGCAUCAAGCCAGCAGAAUCAUCUCCCACAUCAGAAGAGCAAGAAGCCUCCAGAUCAUGUGCCACAUACCCGUCUUCUGCUGGAUCUCCUCCACUGUGCUUCAGAAGCUCCUGGAAGAAGAUCUGAGAGCAGAAAUCCCUCAAACUCUGACUGAGAUGUACAUCCACUUCCUGCUGAUUCAGAUCAACAUGAGGAAGCAGAAGUAUGAAGAGAGAGAUCCAGAGAAACUCCUGCAGUCCAGCAGAGGAGUGAUCCUCAAACUUGCUGAAGUGGCUUUCAGACAGCUGAUGAAGGGCAAUGUGAUGUUCUAUGAGGAGGACCUGAUUGAGAGCGGCAUAGACGUCACUGACGCCUCAGUGUAUUCUGGGAUCUGCACUGAGAUCUUCAAGGAGGAAUCUGUGAUUCAUCAGAGGAAAGUCUACAGCUUCAUCCAUCUCAGCUUUCAGGAGUUUCUGGCUGCUUUCUUUGUGUUUUACUGCCAUUUAACAAAGAAGAGAAAACCGCUGAGGUUGAUUUAUGAGAGAGAAUAUUCAGAUAAUCACUAUCUACAGGCCAGCUCUGAGAACUCUCUGUAUGAUCUGCUCAUAUCAGCAGUAGAUAAAGCUGUCAGGAGUAGUAAUGGUCAUCUGGAUCUGUUCCUGCGGUUCCUGCUGGGCGUCUCACUGGAGUCCAAUCAGAGACUCUUCCAGGAUCUGCUGACACACACAGAGGAGAGCUCAGAGAGCAUCAGGAGAAUCACACAGUACAUUAAAGACCAGAUCAAGGGAAAUGCCCGACUCUCAGCUGAAAGAUCCAUCAAUCUGUUCCUCUGUCUGCUGGAGGUGAAAGAUCAGACUCUGGCCAGAGAGAUUCAGGAGUUUGUGAAAUCAGACAAACACUCAGAGGAGGAACUCUCUCCUGCUCACUGCUCAACAAUCUCCUACAUGAUUGAGAUGUCAGAGGAGCCGCUGGAUGAGUUUGACUCUAAUAAAUUCAACACAUCAGAUGAGGGAAGACGGAGACUGAUGCCAGCUGUGAGAAACUGCAGAAGAGCUCUGCUACAGAGCUGUAAUCUCACUGUUCAGUGCUGUGAGAGUUUGUCUUCAGCUCUACAAUCCUCAAACUGUGUCCUGAGAGAGCUGGAGCUGAGUAACAAUGACCUGCAGGAUUCAGGAGUGAAGCUUCUCUCUGAUGGACUGAAGAGUCAACACUGUAAACUGGAGACACUGAGAUUGUUCAUGUGUAAACUCACUGUUCAGUGCUGUGAGAGUUUAUCUUCAGCUCUACAAUCCUCAAACUGUGUCCUGAGAGAGCUGGAGCUGAGUAACAAUGACCUGCAGGAUUCAGGAGUGAAGCUUUUCUCUGAUGGACUGAAGAGUCAACACUGUAAACUGGAGACACUGAGAUUGGUCAUGUGUAAUCUCCCUGUUCAGUGCUGUGAGAGUUUGUCUUCAGCUCUACAAUCCUCAAACUGUGUCCUGAGAGAGCUGGAGCUGAGUAACAAUGACCUGCAGGAUUCAGGAGUGAAGCUUCUCUCUGAUGGACUGAAGAGUCAACACUGUAAACUGGAGACACUGAGAUUGUCUGGCUGUAUGGUGACAGAGGAAGGCUGUGGUUUUCUGUCUUCAGCUCUGACUUCAAACCCCUCACACCUGAGAGAGCUGGAUCUGAGCUACAAUCAUCCAGGAGAUUCAGGAGUCAAGCUGCUCUCUGAACAACUGGAGGAUCCAAACUACACACUGGACAAACUCAAUCUGGAUCAUGGAGGAGACGCGAGGAUUACAGCAGGACCGCGCAAAUAUGUCUGUUUCCUCACACUCGAUCCAAACACAGCACACACUCGUCUCAUUCUGUCUGAGGAGAACAGAGAGGUGAAGUGUGUGAGAGAGGAUCAGCCGUAUCCUGAUCAUCCAGACAGAUUUGAUGAUGAUCUUCAGGUGUUGUGCAGAGAGAGUGUGUGUGGACGCUGUUACUGGGAGACUGACUGGAGUGGAGAUCAUGGUGUGUGGAUAUCAGUGUCAUAUAAGAGCAUCAGGAGGAAGGGAGGAGGUGUUGAGUGUGUGUUUGGACAUAAUGCUCAGUCCUGGAGUUUGCUCUGCUCUUCCUCCAGUUUCACAUUCAGACACAAUAACACACACACUGAUCUCCCAGUAGAGCCGCUCAGCAGGAGAAUAGGAGUGUUUGUGGAUCACAGUGCAGGAACUCUGAUCUUCUACAACAUCUAUAGAGACACAAUGAGCCUCAUCCACUCAGUCCAGACCACAUUCACUGAGCCGCUCUGCCCUGGGUUUAGGCUUUAUUCUGGAUCAUCAGUGAAACUGAGCUGAAGACUGACGAGAGAUUUACCCACAAUCCUCUGCAGGAGCAGUCAGCAGGAAGGAGAGCGAUGAUCAUAGUUUACAUCAACUCUCUUAUGAACACAAUUCUUUCCUCAUCAUCACCUGAACAUGAGGAAUUCCAACACCACUGAAUUUUAGAAACCUUCAAUUGUUGGCAUUAAUCUAUGGGAAUUCAAAUCAAUAAGUAUUCUUGCUUUAACCAUGUUUUAAAAACACAAACAACAUCUUGUCCUGACUUCUCUUCUAUCUUAUUUCUUGGAGUAAUGUAGAUGGCAUAUUUAGCCUGUCCUACAAUGAAAUUAAUAACAUGACAUUUUAACUUUUGUUUCUGGCUAUACAAAAACCCCAGAAUAAAAUCUUGCUCAGUAAAACAAAGAUUAAAAGAAUCAAUAAAAACACCUUUUAACAAUUCAAAAAGAGGAUCAAGUCGAUUACAGUCCAUAAAACAAUGAAAUACAGUCUCUCGCUCUAAACAGAAGGGACACUCUUCACUUACAUUGGGGUUUAAAGUAGAUACGAAGGCAUUCACUGCAGCGGCUCCAUGCAAGAUUCGCCAUUGUAAGUCGCCAAUCUUUUUUGUUAAUGGUGGUUUGUAAAUUGCUCUCCAAGCAGGCUUAUUUUCAUUAUUAAUCUUUACCUUCUUUCUCCAUACUGCAUCAGUUUUUAAACUUAAUUUAUUUUGAUGAAUGACUUUUACAAUGCAUUUAUACAGAUUUUUUCCUUCUACCGUGCAAAAAUCAAUAUACAUAUUAGUUCCCAAAUUAAACAGAGGGUUAGAGUAACAAGACUCAUCAACAGCAGGUAAAAGUUCAACAUCUGGGAAAAGAUCUUUACUGUCAGGGAUUAAAGUCUUUGCCCCAUAUUCUUCUAAAAGUGUCUUUUCUUCAACUGUUCAACAUGUCUUAUUCUUCAACAUAUUCAAUUUAUCAAGAUACUUCUUUACAAAUCGUAACGAUCGAACCCCUAAAAGGUCAGCAACUUGUUUGUAUUUUUGCAAAUCAUAGCCUGCUUCAUUUAUUAUAUCUUUUAACUUAGAAAUCCUUUUAGACUAUAAUAAAUGUGUUAACCCAAGAAAAUAAUCUUCAGAAGCGUCAAACCGAGCUCCAAAAAUAAGUGGCUCUUCCAACAGCCAAUAAAGAGAAGUUGCUGGUUCCAUCCAUCUGUGUUUAAACAUUGUCCAGACUUUAAACAAACUUUGAUAAAGCAGGGAUACCAGUAAAAAUCAAACAUUUACAGUCCAUUAAAAACAAUGUUAAGUCCAUUUCCACGUUACCUACUUUCCUCAAAAUGCUUAAUGCCAGAGGUCUCCACACGACCGAAAUAGGUCCCGUUAAAACCUUUUGUACAAACUGAAGACGGAAGGUGGCUUUUCUACUUGGAAGAUUUACUAGUCCUUGACCUCCUUCCUCCUUAGGCAGAAAGAGAAUGCUUUGAGGAGGCCAAUGAUAAUUGUCCCAAAAAAAAGUUCACCAGUUCUCUUUGAACGUUUAUGAGGACUUCAUUCGGAGGAUCCACACAAGCAAUUUCAUGCCAUAAUGAAGAUGCCACAAGAUUAUUAAUAACAAGCACACGCCCUCUAUAGGACAUUUGAGGGAGUAACCAUUUCCACUUUUCUAACCUACCUUUUACUUUUUCCUAUAACCCUUCCCAAUUUUUCCUGAUAAAAUUCUCAUUUCCUAGAUAGACACCAAGAUACUUUAAUCCUCCUCUUUCCAAAUCAGUCCUCCAGGUAGAUCAGGAGGACGUGUACUCCAAUUCCCCACUAAUAUUGCUUCACUUUUCCCCCAAUUAACUUUAGCAGAAGAAAUACAUUUAAAGUCAUUAACAAUUCUUUUCAACUCAUUGACAUCACCUUUUCCAUUUACCAAAACUAUUACAUCAUCUGCAUAAGCAGAAAGGAGUAUAGGAUUAUUACAAGAAGGGAAAAUUAUACCUUUUAACUUAUCGCAUAACUUUUGAAGUAAAGGUUCAAUAGCCAGUGAAUACAACAUGCCAGACAUUGCACAGCCUUGCCUGACUCCUCUCUGAACUCUGAUCGGAGCACUCAAACCACCAUUAAUCUUCAGAACUCUUUCAAUGUUACAGUACAUAGCCUUAAUCAUUGAUGUAAACGAAGGACUUAAUCCAAAAGCUUCUAAAGUAUUCCAUAAAAACAAAUGUUCAACUCUAUCAUAAGCUUUCUCUUGGUCAAGAGAAAUUAAGCCACAUUAAUUCCUAAAAGCUUUGAAGAGUCUAAAAUGUCUCUGAUCAAGGCAAUAUUAUCUAAGAUGGACCUGUUAGGAAUGCAAUAGGACUGAUCAGGAACUGUCUUAAAACUUUACUUAGUCUUAAGGCUAAUACUUUAGAUAAAAUGUUAUAUUCUGAACAUAAAAGUGAAACUGGGCACCAAUUGCUGAUGUACUGAAGGUCGCCUUUCUUAGGCAACAGUGUAAUUACUGCUCUUCUACAGCUUAGAGGUAACUGUCCUCUUUUCAGACUGUCAUUAAAGACUGCUAAUAAUUCCUCUCCUAUUGAGGGCCAUAGAGUUUUAUAAAACUCAACAGUUAGCCCAUCAAUUCCUGGAGAUUUACCAUUUUCCAUUGCCAUCAUAGCAGUAUAGAACUCUUGUAACGACAAAGUCUGUUGCAGGUCUUAGUUUGAUUCCUCAUCCACCUUUGGUAGCCCUUCUAGGAAAUCCUCAGCAUCUGCACCCCCUUUCACAAGCUCAGAUUUAUAGAGGUCAGAAUAAAAAUCUACAGCACAUCUUCUAAUGUCAUCAGGUUGAAUGAAUUCUUGUCCUGUAGCUGAUCGUAAUGAGUGAAUAAUUUUACUCUGACCUUUUUUCAACUCCAAAUUAAAGAGAAAUUUAGAAGGAGCAUCCAUUUGAUUAAUAGACUGAACGCGAGAACGAACCAAAGCUCCUUGCGAUUUAAUUGCCACCAGGUCAAUCAACAUUUCUUUUUUAAUUCAUUAAUAUGAUUUUAUCAUUUUUUUUGUUAUUAUUUCUCGUAAGGCAAUCAUUUCUUUUUCUAAAACCUUCAUUGAUUGAGCUAUAUCUCCAGUAACAUUCAAAGUGUACUUUAAACAAAAAUCUUUUAUAAGAACCUAACCACAAUCUGUAAAGAAUCAUAACACUGUUUCUGUUGUUUAAAAUUUUCCCAGAAAUACUUAAAACCAUCCAAAAAAUGUGGAUCAUUUACCAAUGAAUGAUUAAAAAGCCAAUAUGCACGUUUACACUUAACAUUCAUAAUAAAAAUACCACACAGAACUAAACUAUGAUCAGAAAGUCCAACUGGAAUCAUUUUACUACACUUAAAAAUAUUCCUCUGAAACUUAUGACUGUAAAUUCUAUCUAGUCGUGCCAUUGAGAUGUAGCGUUCAAUCUUAUGAGUCCAAGUAUAUUGUCUGAUAUUUGGAUUAAUUCUUCUCCAUAUAUCGCACAAAUCACGAGCUUCAAUGAGUUGUAUUAGUGUUUUCUGAGAAGCAGUGUGUGGUUCUAUAUGGUUACUAUCUAACUUGUCAUUGACAGUACAAUUAAAAUCCCCUCCUAUAAAUAAUAACUCUUCUGAGUGUAAACUUUUCAAUACAAUAUUUGAACUCUUUCGUGUCCUUUGUUAGGUGUAUACAAAUUCAUUAACACCAUGGUGACAUUUUCAACUUUAACCCUAAUUUUUAAAAAACGACCACUAAUUAUUUCUUCCCCUUCACAUGAUACAGGUAGAAAAGGUGUUGAAAACAGCACAGCCACCCCUCCACUAAUAGAUGAUUUAGGACUUAAAACUAUUUGUGCAUCCCAUUCUUUUUUCCAUUCGGUCUCACUUUGAGAAUCGCUAUGUGUUUCCUGCAGGAACACAAUAUCAAUUUGCUUUUGUCUGAUAAAUUCAUAUAACAUCAUCCUUUUAUGGCUAUCUCUGGCACCAUUUAGAUUUAAAGGUCCAAUUUUAAAAUUUGUCAUUUUGGCUUUAAAUAUGAAAGCAAAAACAAUAAAAAAUAGCUAAAAUUGCCAGAAAAGCCUUGUUUUUGUGGAAUUUUAAAUAUCAGCCUCUUCAGCCUUUUUUUUCAGUUUGUUUACAAACUUUCUAAGACGGAAAACCUCUAGAUCUUCAGAUGCUCUUUCAUUAGAUGUUUGACAUCAUAAAUGAAAAUAUCUGCCUUCCACACACAAGUGCUCCUAUCAAGAUCAUUAAAAUAUAAGCAUAAUUUCCCCCACAUUGGAAUAAUAGACAACUAAUACAAAUGCUAUUUUUUACAUCAAAAUUAAUUUGGUUAGUCAGUUUUAUAAUAAAGAUGGUAUACUUUUCUUACAGUAUGAAUUCCUUUCUCAUCACAGUAUCUCAAUAACCCUGCAAGUUUUCAACUGUUAUUGGUUCAAUUCCUCCAGAGACCCAUAUGUUAUUUAGUGUUAUUAAUCAAGACCAUCGUCUUCUGAUUUGACUAAAUCUUAUGUUGGCAAAACUUGUUUUACAGUAAACACCAAGAGUAAUAACAGAGCUUUUCCAACUCUUCUCCAAAAAGAAAUCACUACUGUUCCUUAUAUACAGUUUUAUUAGAUGUCUUUAUUAAAGGGUGACUUGAUUUGCUGAACAAAAGUGUGGCUGUGACCACAGAAAUAUCAGGUUAGAAACUAAAUUAAAGGAAUAUCCUCUAAACUUCUCCACAGAUUUGAUCCAGCAAAACAUUAUUUACAGAAAUGUAAAAGUGGAAUUGAUGUAAAUAUUGUAUUUCUGUAAUGAAUACGAGGAGACGCUUUUACACUUAUUUUGGUAUUGUACAGACUCAGUCAAAAGGAAGAGCUGCAAACAAUUAUUAUCAAUUUUCAGUCUUCAAAACCUCCUUUAUAUUGAGGGAAAAUGUACUUUUUGGCUUUACUGUCUAAUUUACUAAUAAGCAACCAAAUUUUAAGGUAUUGAUCACUGAACUAUGCUUGUAUAUUACCAGCAGCAGAGACUCUUUAAUCAAGGAAGCCUACCCACUUUAAAAAACUGUGACCUCUAUAAUGUAUUUAUUACAUAUGUACAUUUUGUAUAUCUGUAUUUUAUUCAUAAUUACCCCCUGGCAUGUUUAUUUUUGUGUUGUAAAAUGUUAUUUGCUGUUCUUUAAAUAAUAAAAACAUUCAAAGCAGAUGAACAAACUGAACUGGAACAUGAACUAACUUUACCCUGAAGAUUCAGAAACACACCCUAUACGCUACAGACGGACUGUU